AUGUCGUCGUUCACAGCAUCCAAGAUCCUGAUCUUCGGGGGCACGGGCACGAUCGGGCGGUACAUCACGGCCGCGCUGCUCCGUGCCAAGCCCUCCUCCCAGCAGCUUAUCCUCUUCACCUCGCCCAACAGCGCCAAGGAGAAGGCUCAGCAGCUGGACAAGUGGAAGUCCGAGGGCCUCUCCGUGAUUGUUGGUGACCUGACGUCCGAAGCCGAUGUCAAGGCCGCCUACACCGGCGUCGACACGGUCAUCUCGGCGGUGGGCAGGGGCGGGCUCCAGCACCAGAUCAACCUGCUGCGCCUGGCCGAGGAGUCGGAAAGCGUCAAGUGGUUCCUCCCGUCCGAGUUUGGCACCGAUAUCGAGCACAACGACAAGAGCCCGAAUGAGAAGCCGCAUCAGCUCAAGCUGCAGGUGCGGAAGUACAUCCGCGAGAACCUGAAGCGGGUCAAGGUUACGUAUGUUGUGACAGGGCCGUACUUCGAUAUGUGGGUGGACGCCGCCCCCGGUUUCGAGGUGGCUGGCGGAUUUAUCCCCGAGAAGAAGCACGCGUACGUGAUUGGGGAUGGCAGCGGCAAGGUCGGGUUUUGCACGAUGCCAGAUGUGGGCAAAUUCGUCGUCGCCACGGUGAAGGCGCCAGAGGCAUCGUUUGGAAAGGCGCUCAAAGUGCAGAGCUUCGUGGUCACGCCAAACGAGGUGCUGGCCGAGUACGAGCGGCAGACGGGCUCCAAGUGGGAGGUUACGAAGACCCCGCUUGACGAGAUCCGGGCGUUCGAAGCGAAGAAGUGGGAGGAGGGAAAUCCCCGAGCGACUCUUGUCACACUGAGAAGGAUCUGGGCGGAAGGAGGAACGCUGUACGCUCAGAAUGAUAACGGUUUGGUUGGGAUGCAACCAGAGAACCUCGACUCGCUCGAGGUAGCGGCCGAACUGAACGCGCCCGAGGAUGUCAUUACGUGCCAGAAGAGGUCGGUUCCCGCACUAGAUAAGAUCUGGUCACUCGGGAGCAAGACCAGCGCUGCCGACUGCAUACCCAUGAGCCGGGCCUCGUUUGCUGCCAUUUCGGCCAUCUUCACCGUGGGCGGGCUCAUCGGUGCUUUGGCUGCCGGGCCCUUCACGUCGCGCCGCGGACGACGGCUCUCAAUGCAGAUGACAUCCGUCUUCUUCUUCGCGGGAUCUGCCAUCGAGACAUUUGCGUCGUCCGUGCCUGUCAUGAUCGUCGCUCGUUUCCUGACCGGCAUUGGUGCCGGCGCAAGCACGGUGAUUGUUCCGCUGUACAUCAGUGAGGUGGCCCCCCCAGCGAAGCGCGGCUUCUUCGGCGCCUUCACCCAGAUCAGCAUCAACGUUGGGAUCCUCUUCACCCAGACUCUGGGCUAUUUCAUGAGCCACGAUAGUGCCUGGAGGUGGAUCUUCGGCACCGCUGUGAUUGUUGCUCUGGCGCAAGGUCUCGGCUUGUUAAUUGUCCCGGAGAGCCCGUCAUGGACUGCCAACGUGAAAGGGGACGUUGCUGAUGCUCGUGGCGCUCUGCAGCGGAUCCGGGGUAAGCAAAGCAAUGUUGAUGAGGAAGUCGAGGCCUGGGGAGCCGGCAACGGGAAGCCACCUGGUGAGCGAGAUAGGUUGCUCGCUGGCCACGACAGCGAGUCGGAGGCUGGCGGCGGCUUGCUCAACCCAUCACUCACCGCUUCGCGAUCUCAACAGGCACAUCUGGGCUUCGUGCAGCUUGUCUGUGACCCGCUGUACAGGCCGGCAAUCCUUGCCGUGGUGGGCAUCAUGUUCGCGCAACAGCUUUGCGGCAUCAACUCUAUCAUCAUGUACUCGGUAUCGCUGCUCAGAGACCUUCUUCCCACCAGCUCGGCAUUGCUGACGAUCAUCAUCUCCAUUAUCAACCUCGGCACGACAAUCGCAUCUUCGCCCCUUCCGGACCGCCUUGGUCGCAAGACAUGUCUGCUUGCUUCCAUCGUCGGCCAAGGCACCAGUUCACUCGUACUCGCCCUGUCUAUCCAGUUUGGCUGGAAGAUUGUGUCGGCAAUCGCAGUUCUCCUCUUCGUGGCGUCUUUCGCUCUCGGGCUCGGCCCUGUGCCGUUCAUCCUGGCCUCAGAGCUGGUCGGCCCGGAGGCUGUUGGCGCGACGCAAUCGUGGGCCCUGGCGGCGAACUACAUUGCGACCUUCCUUGUUGCAUACCUGUUCCCCAUAGUCAACGAGGCGCUGAACAGCGCCUUGGGUGGUGCCGGUUGGGUGUACUUUAUCUUCGCCGGCUUCGCUCUGCUGUUUGCUGCCUUUGUCGCGCGGAAUGUGCCGGAGACGAGGGGAAAGAAGGAUGUUGACGAGGUAUGGGGUCGGACGAGACGCGUCGACUGA